AUGGCAUCUUCGUAUUCUCCACCCCUAUUAUAUUUAACGGAUGAUGAUGAUGAAGAUGAAACAGAACAUCAUAUACCACAUAGUAAUUCAUUCACAAGUGCAUUUAGCGAUAAUUUUCCACAUAAAAAACGAAAAUCUACGAAUGCAAAUGUUCGUAUAAAUCCAACAAUAGUUAAUUGGUCUAAACGACAACGACAUGAUAAUUAUAAUCCAAUGCAAACAUCGCAAAGUUUUGAAAAUUAUGAACAUGAUAGAGAAACAACAAUAAAUCAUAAUGAUUAUAUGUAUCGGCAACCUGAAUCUCAUUCAUUUCUUGCUUUCGAUUGGUCAGCUGAAGCACAAACACCUUCAAGAAUCUAUCCAAAUCCUAAUCCUUUAAAUCCACGACUAUCAUCAUUUGCACCACCAUCUAAUAUGAUAAAUGUGGCAAAACGUCAUUUAGAUCAAAUCGAUACAAGUUCAUUGAUUCCAUCUAUGCAUCAAAAUGAUUCAUAUAUACAACAACCUCAAAGAAAAUUAAUCAAUAUACCAAUGUCUUCAAAUUCACCACCACCACCAUUAACAUUACCUUUACCUUCACCAACAUCAUCUAUCAUUCGACCUAUGGCACAACGUGUUCCACCAAGAAAAAAUAUUCCAACAUCUUAUACACAUCCUAGACCGGCACCUUCAUUACCAGUUCAUCAUCAACCGGAAUCCAUCUUUCAAUCAAGAUUUCAUCUAUCAUCUCCUGCUUCAAUAAUAACUCCUGUAACAACACCAGAAAUUCGUCGUCAACCACUUAAUGGUACUGGUAUUCUAUCGGCUUUUUAUGAUUCCAAAUGUUACCGAUGUAAUAUUUGUAAAUUUAAAAGUGACUCAAGUACGGCAAUACUUCAACAUAUUUUUUCUCAUAUAUUCUUUUGUCCUCAAUGUCCAUUUUAUACGUAUUCACAUCAUAGUUUAUAUCAACAUGUUUUCGAAAAACAUAACGUGAAUUUUCAUUGUGAUAAUACCGAUCCAAAAAAUUUAGAUCUACUCUAUGUUACACGUUGUUCCGAUGGAACAUUUGCUUUAUGUAUGGAUACAUCAACACCAACAACGCUAUUAUCGCCAUUACCACCACCACCACCGCUGCCACUACCACCACAACUAGUAACACAACCUGAUGAACAAAUUGUUAGAAAAGCAGCAGUUAAUAAUGAAAAACCUAAACGAAGAACUCCACGAAAGAAAAAGCCAAAAAAGAAAGCAGAAGAUGAUGAUAUCGUAUUUUUAUCAGAGAAACAUGACUUUAAUUCACAACCAUCUACUUCAUUAUCAUUAUCAUCAAUGGCAACAACAAUAGCAGCGAGAAAACCAAUACUAUCAACAGCAGCAACAACACCAAAAAGUCCAGCACCUAAAGAAAAACAAACACAUACAUAUAUUCUAAUGAAACAUCGACGUUGUUAUGCAGUUCGAAAUCCACCAUGUUUACAUGCAUUAACAUUAGAAUAUAAUAUAUGUCGUGAACAUACUAUCAGACAUAUGUGUCAUACACAAAAAAUAUUCAAAAGACGAAACUUUAAAAUAAAAUUACAGGCAAGAAGUCUUAUUAAUGAAAUAGCAAGAUGUUUAAAAAAAGUUGUUAAUAAAAUUGUCAAUUUGGAAGAAAACAGAAAUUCAUCUGACCUUGUAUGUUUACUACCUAAUAAUAUUAUCAGUUCAAUAUUAUCAAUUGAUGAUCUCGAAAGUUUAACAAGUACAUUAAAAUUAAAUAAUAAAUAUGAUAAAUUUCUUGAACAAAAGAAAUUAAAUGAAUCCGAAUAUGUUGUACGUGCAAAUAAUCAUCAUAAUUAUAUAUUAUCAGCAACUGGUAUUAAUAAAGCGAAUCAAUCAUCUUUUGCAUCAUUUCAUACAUCAGCAAAAUCUAGUGAUUCGAUUUUUACAGAAACGAUUAUUGAUUAUGGAAUAGCAUUUAAAGAUAAUACAUAUCGAUUUUUUCAAAAUAAUUAUCGAGAACCGACUGUUCCUGUUUCAAAACCAACAAAAAAGAAAAGUUUAACUCAAUUAUCAAAAGAAUCGACAAAUUGUGAACCUAUGAAUAAUGCUUCAAAUAAAUCACCACGAUGUAUUAAUAUUCCAUCGAUAUCACCAAGACUUGAUCAAAAUAAUAGCUCAAAGACAUCUUCGAAAUCAAAGCCAUCGUUAGCGCCAAGUGUUAUUGUUCUUGACUAA